CGCUGCUCCCACAGGGCUUCGUGGCGAGGCAAGGCCAGGCCGUCUCCUAGCAACCGCCGGACAACACCAUGGCGGUGGUGGAAUGAGAAGGGACAUCGGUGCUUUCUCCGUUGGGAAAUACUGAGGUACUCCGCCUUGUUGUUGAGGAUAAUGGAAGCUCCGACGGCCACGGAGAGCGAGGUGGUGGAGGAGGAGUCGCUGGAAGGAAUGGAGGUGGUGUGGGAGCUGCUUGGGGAGAUGGUGAGGGAGUGCGCCCAGGACGUCCUGGGGGAGGCUGUGGACGAGGUGGUCGAGGUGGUCGAGGGGUCGCUCUGUGACCUGCUGGACGGGGAGAGCCGGGAGCUGGUGGAGGAGUUUUACCAGGAGCUGCUGGAUAGUGCUCUCAGCAGCAGUGACACCACCAGCUCAGGGGAGUGCGAGCACCUGGAAGAAGAGGAGGAAGAGGAAGAAUUUGAUGGUAUAUUGACAGAAGACAUAUUGGUGGAAGGUUUGUCAAAUCUGAGACACUCAGCAACUGGACUGGAACAGGCCUACCUCCAUCUCUCUCUGCCAAAUUACGAAUUAAAUGAUAUUUCCAUUCUUUGUGAUUAUAUUCACCUACAAAAGUUGGAACUUCCUUACAAUAAAAUAACAGAUUUGCACUGUGUAAGUUAUAUGCCCUACCUGUUACAGUUGGAUGCCUCCCAUAAUGCCCUGAACUCACUCACUGGCCUAAAACUACCUAAAAAUAUUAAGGAAGUGGACUUUUCCUAUAACCAGAUAUCUGACAUGAAGGAGCUAUCAGACUAUCCGUUUCUUUCUAAAUUGAAGUUGAACAACAAUCAAAUCCAGGCAAUCAAAGGCUUGCAGAACUGCAGAAGUCUCGCCUACCUCAGCAUGGCAGAAAAUAGACUCUUGGAAGUCAAUGGCCUGGACUACUUGCCAAUUAAAUUUCUUUUCCUUCAAGGUAAUCAGCUCAUAAAUGUGAAAGGACUGGCAAAUGUGAAACGCCUACACAAGCUUGAUUUGUCGAACAAUAAAAUAGAAACUCUGAUUGGUUUGGAGGACCAUGACCUGCUGGAAACUAUCAAUCUGGAGAACAAUCAGAUCAGUGAUCUGGAUGAACUAAUGCACCUGAAAAAUCUUCAGCUUUUGAGAGAACUGAAUCUACUCAAGAACCCCAAUACAGAUUAUUUGUUCUGGAUUCUUUUCAUAGUACAGAAACUGACUGAACUGGAUAAUAAACAAGUGAAAGCCUCUGAUAAGGUUUUGGCAAUCAAUAAAUACAACCCUCCUCCUGAAGUGGUAGCUGCCAACGAUCACAUGACCAAUACCAUGUAUAGUUUUCUACAGCCCCAGAGGAUUUAUGACAGCACUUUGCCUAACUUUGAUAUUCCAUACCCAAUGUUGGUUCUGGUGGGGGCCCAGGCCUCUGGAAAACGAGAACUUUGUCACAUGCUAUGUCAAGAAUUCAGUGAGUAUUUUGGAUAUUGCAUCAGCCACACAAGCCGAAGUCCUUACCUUGGUGAAGAGAAUGGACUUGAUUAUCAUUUUGUAUCUGAUGAAGAGUUUGAAGAAAUGGUUCAAAUGGGGAAAUUUAUUGAGACAAUGAAGUAUGAUGGACAUUAUUUUGGCCUCAGCAGAGAUGCAUUAGAAAAUGUAGCCAGUAAGGGUCUGGCCUGCUGUACUCAUAUGGAACUAGAAGGAGUGCGUAGCUUGAAGAAGACGUACUUAGAGCCUCGAUACAUUCUACUGAUCCCACAGGAUAUGAAAGAGCAUGAGAAAAGACUGUGGAUAAGAGGGCUGUACAAAGAAUCACAAAUUAAUCAUGCGAUAUCCACAGUUGAUAAUUAUAUCCAAAUGAACCAAAAGUUUCCAGGAUACUUUGAUGCUGUAAUUAACUCUGAUGAACUUAUAGAUGCAUACAUGCAACUAAGCAAGCUGAUAAGGGAGUAUCUGAGCCUCCGUGAUCAAACAAGCGAUGACAGUAACAAAACCUUGGAAGAAGAAAGGCGGUGGACAUCUGAUUUGACGAACAGUGUACCACCAUCUAAUGAAAAUCAACUAAACUGGAGUACAGUUUCAUGGACCAUUGGAUUUCCUUCUGAAUUUGUGGACUCCUCCAUCAGAAAUUAUUCUUCCAGAGUACAGGCUAGACUUUCAGCAGAAAGAACAACCUUGGAACAAAAUUCUAUUCAGCAACGCCAGAGGAUGGCACGGGAGGCUGUGAUGGGAAGAACUCAAAAUGCAAGCACGUACCUGUUCAAAAGGGCUCGAAUCCUGAAUAAUGUGAAGGGCUAUGAAGCAUCAAGAUUGACAUCUCACACAUCCAUUAUGCCUAAUGCAAGUGACGUUAGUCAGGAUCUGAAUCUCUUAUCUUCAGCCAGCAGCUCUGAAGCAACCCAAAUUGGUACAGAGGAGUCAUCGCUUUCAUCAGCUGAUGUAUUUACAGAAGAGUCCAAGUCUGUUGUAAAUGAUACCGACUCUUCUGUAAGGUUUACUUCCAAGAUGCUGCUAAAGAUGAAAUUGAGGCCUUUAACAGAUUUGAACAAAACACUAGAUGCUGGGGAUACUGUUGGCAAACAAGAAGAAACUGGCAGGCCAGAACCCCCAAAGGAAUUACAACCCAUGACUAAGAAUCUUUUAGCCCCAACCAGAGAGUCAGCUUCUCCUCGACUUGGAUUCAACAUCAAGCCUAUUCUGCCUGGAAUUCCAUCAGGACGGACAACCGCUGAAAUCCCAGUUAACCCAAAGCAAACCCCUGUACUUUGAAAUGAA